ACAACAACAACUGUUGCUUCUACAACAACAACUACUGCCCCGACAACAACAACUAUGGCAGCCACUACAACAACUGCUACUUUGACCACAACUACUGACCCGACAACAACAACUGCUGCUCCAAACAUAACAACUGGUGUUCCUCCUACAAUUACAACUACACCAUCAACUACAACAACUGCUGUUCCAACAACAACAACUGUUGCUCUGACAACAACAACUCCUGCCCCGACAACAACAACUACGGCAACAACUACAACAACUGUUGCUCCUACAACAACAACUACUGCCCCAACAACAACAACUGUUGCUACUACUACAACAACUACUGCCCCAACAACAACAACCGUUGUUCCUACAACAACAACUACUGCCCAACUCCUCACUGAGGCAACAACCAACUUGACUGCUGAACAUGUUUAUACCAUCCAAGCUGACCUGCCAGACGAGCCAUAUACAGCUGAUCUUGAUGACCGAACCAGCAGUCGAUACAAAAAUCUUGAAAAACGACUUGUAGGGCCAUGUAAUAAAAUAUACAAACGGAAAUAUCCUGUCACCUUUUCUCACUGCAAAGUGAAGAGUUUCAGACCUGUUUCUGCCCAAAAACGAGCAAACGGAACUGAAGCAGAAUUGGGGGUUGUGUUCUUAAACACUGUUCCCAUUUUAAAACUCCCAACGGAGAACAAUGUUGCUCAAGUCUUAAUAGACAAUGUAAAUAAUUCCAACAACACAUUCAACGUGACCAUAAAUACUGGGACAAUCCAAGUAAUAUCAAGUCCAGUUGGAAGUACUAAUGCAACUGCUGCAACAACCAUUGCUCCUACAACAACAACUACUGCCCCAACAACAACAACCGUUUCUCCUACAACAACAACUACUGCCCAACUCCUCACUGAGGCAACAACCAACUUGACUCCUGAACAUGUUUAUUCCAUCCAAGCUGACCUGCCAGACGAGCCAUAUACAGCUGAUCUUGAUGACCGAACCAGCAGUCGAUACAAAAAUCUUGAAAAACGACUUGUAGGGCCAUGUAAUAAAAUAUACAAACGGAAAUAUCCUGUCACCUUUUCUCACUGCAAAGUGAAGAGUUUCAGACCUGUUUCUGCCCAAAAACGAGCAAACGGAACUGAAGCAGAAUUGGGGGUUGUGUUCUUAAACACUGUUCCCAUUUUAAAACUCCCAACGGAGAACAAUGUUGCUCAAGUCUUAAUAGACAAUGUAAAUAAUUCCAACAACACAUUCAACGUGACCAUAAAUACUGGGACAAUCCAAGUAAUAUCAAGUCCAGUUGGAAGUACUAAUGCAACUGCUGCAACAACCGUUGCUCCUACAACAACAACUACUGCCCCAACAACAACAACCGUUUCUCCUACAACAACAACUACUGCCCAACUCCUCACUGAGGCAACAACCAACUUGACUCCUGAACAUGUUUAUUCCAUCCAAGCUGACCUGCCAGACGAGCCAUAUACAGCUGAUCUUGAUGACCGAACCAGCAGUCGAUACAAAAAUCUUGAAAAACGACUUGUAGGGCCAUGUAAUAAAAUAUACAAACGGAAAUAUCCUGUCACCUUUUCUCACUGCAAAGUGAAGAGUUUCAGACCUGUUUCUGCCCAAAAACGAGCAAACGGAACUGAAGCAGAAUUGGGGGUUGUGUUCUUAAACACUGUUCCCAUUUUAAAACUCCCAACGGAGAACAAUGUUGCUCAAGUCUUAAUAGACAAUGUAAAUAAUUCCAACAACACAUUCAACGUGACCAUAAAUACUGGGACAAUCCAAGUAAUAUCAAGUCCAGUUGGAAGUACUAAUGCAACUGCUGCAACAACCGUUGCUCCUACAACAACAACUACUGCCCCAACAACAACAACCGUUGCUCCUACAACAACAACUACUGCCCAACUCCUCACUGAGGCAACAACCAACUUGACAGCUGAACAUGUUUAUACCAUCCAAGCUGACCUGCCAGACGAGCCAUAUACAGCUGAUCUUGAUGACCGAACCAGCAGUCAAUACAAAAAUCUUGAAAAACGACUUGUAGGGCCAUGUAAUAAAAUAUACAAACGGAAAUAUCCUGUCACCUUUUCUCACUGCAAAGUGAAGAGUUUCAGACCUGUUUCUGCCCAAAAACGAGCAAACGGAACUGAAGCAGAAUUGGGGGUUGUGUUCUUAAACACUGUUCCCAUUUUAAAACUCCCAACGGAGAACAAUGUUGCUCAAGUCUUAAUAGUCAAUGUAAAUAAUUCCAACAACACAUUCAACGUGACCAUAAAUACUGGGACAAUCCAAGUAAUAUCAAGUCCAGUUGGAAGUACUAAUGCAACUGCUGCAACAACCGUUGCUCCUACAACAACAACUACUGCCCCAACAACAACAACCGUUUCUCCUACAACAACAACUACUGCCCAACUCCUCACUGAGGCAACAACCAACUUGACUCCUGAACAUGUUUAUUCCAUCCAAGCUGACCUGCCAGACGAGCCAUAUACAGCUGAUCUUGAUGACCGAACCAGCAGUCGAUACAAAAAUCUUGAAAAACGACUUGUAGGGCCAUGUAAUAAAAUAUACAAACGGAAAUAUCCUGUCACCUUUUCUCACUGCAAAGUGAAGAGUUUCAGACCUGUUUCUGCCCAAAAACGAGCAAACGGAACUGAAGCAGAAUUGGGGGUUGUGUUCUUAAACACUGUUCCCAUUUUAAAACUCCCAACGGAGAACAAUGUUGCUCAAGUCUUAAUAGACAGUGUAAAUAAUUCCAACAACACAUUCAACGUGACCAUAAAUACUGGGACAAUUCAAGUAAUAGCAAGUCCAGUUGGAAGUACUAAUGCAACUGCUGCAACAACAACCGCUGUACCUAUAACUGCUGCACCUGCAACCGCUGCACCUGCAACUGUAGCACCUGCAACCGCUGUACCUGCAACUGUAACACCUGCAACCGCUGCACCUGCACCUGUGGAACUCACAACAAGACUGGUGGUUUUCAGAUCUGUUCUAGACACAUUUACAGAUGACUUGUUGGACACAUCAUCUGCUGCUUUUAAAAGUAGAGCUUCUAAUAUAAAGAGACAGCUUGAACCUCGCUAUCAAAAAGAAUUCCCCUUUUCCUUCAAGUCCUUGGACGUUGUGGAAUUCAGAAGUGGAUCAGUCUUCAACAAAAUGCGUCUUCUCUUCCAAGGCCCAUCUGUUCCUAGUAGAACUGAGAUUGCGAAUGUUUUGCUGAGUGCAGCUUCAAGCGUCACCAACUUCGACAUUGAAGGCAGCUCCAUCACCGUGGAUGGCAUAUCUUCAAGUGGAGUAAGCCAAAAGAUCAGUCUCUUCACUGCAUCCUGUCUGGUGCUGUUGUCAUUGCUAUUGUCAAGCCAGCAAUAGCAUCUGUGUGGAUUGCCUUUGGAAUUGCCAGGAAGGAAAGGGGACUUCAUUGUCAGAAAAAUAUGAAGAUUAGUGAUUCUCUUAUCUGUUGAAUGGGUUUCAACCUUUGACACAUCAGUGACAGUGGAUUAGGUAUGUCUGUGGAACUGAACACGUUUCUGCGUGGUAACAUCCAGGAUCCUGGACAGAAUGACACAGACAACUAUAAGCCCCGUGUCUAUAUCACUCAAAUAAUAAGGCAAACAACAUUACAACAUUAUCUAUGAAACCCUGGGGUGUCUAAAAAUAUUCUACUGUUGAACUUUUACUAUCAAAAUGUAUCUUGUUUCACACAGCACUGUUGUAUAGCAAUAUUUAAAAUAGUGCCAGUCACUCAUCUUAACCUUUCUAUAGCCUCUAAAUGGAUGUAGAUGUAAUUUUUGCAUAAUCCUGCUAAAUAAUGAACAAAAAGACAAAGAAAAGCAAAUUGAAACAUAACUCCUUCAUGGCGGUGGUAAUUAAUUACUAUUUAGAUUUGUGUCUUAAAUUAAAUGAAGGAACACAUGCAGGUCAUAGUUGGCUUCACACUCAACCUCAUAUAUUUUAUCAAAGGUCAUGGUGUAUAUAUGUUUAUGUGAAAAAAAGCACUGUCCAUUUUCUUAUUUAUAUAAAGUGUAUUUAUGUAAUAAUACAUUACUGUAUUCUGUGAGAUUUCCUGUAGUUUCUACUGUAUCUUUGAGAAACUUUACAAUGAUCAGAAUACAAAAUAUUGGAAAUUUC